GCCGGCAAAUUCAUAAUGUUGGGAUGUACGUGCGUAUGCUGAAAACUAUAAAUAAUUUGUGACAUUUUUUAUUCUAACGUGAAAUAAACAUUCUUUGUUUAACUCAGAAGCACGCUAGUUUCUCUGUUCUUCGAGAAGUAGGCCUGGUUGAUGUAAACAAGACCUAGGUCAAACGCGUGACAUAAUGCCAUAGACAAACUGGGUUACCAUAAUUUAGCGUCACGCUUCGUCAAUUUGACAGAUAGAGCUACAGUUACUGCAGACAGAGGAGAGUAGCAUUAAUAUGCCGGAGACAAGAAAACGCCACGUACCUUCGUCUUCAGGGAGUACUUCUCCAACCCAUAAAUCCGUUUCAUCUUCGGGGCCAAAUAAAGAUGAGGCUUCUCGUUCCUUCUCUCACACUUUAGGAUUACUCAUAAUAUUUAUUAGUUUAUCAUGUGUGACAACACUCUUCUUGCUGCCUUCACCUAUAGAGCCUAUUGAAUACAGCCUCCCAUUGCCACCUGAGUUCAUAGGUCCUCUGGCUGAAAACAAACUCUUAGCCAAAGCUGAUAAACUUUUCCUUGAUAGGCUCCGUGGACCAGAGUCUAUUACUGUACACAAUG